AUGUGUUGUCCGCCAGGCGGUGAACUAUGUGGAUUUAAGCAAUUCUUAGUGGAGUCCAACCUGUCGGAGCAAGGUCCGCACGAGAAGCGGCUGUUGAACACACUCCUAGCGUCCUACAACACGCUGGAGCGACCGGUGGCGAACGAGAGCGAGCCUCUGGAGGUCAAGUUUGGGUUGACGCUGCAACAGAUCAUUGACGUGGAUGAGAAAAAUCAAAUCCUGACCACAAACGUCUGGCUCAAUUUGGAAUGGAACGACUACAACCUGAGAUGGAACGAUAGCGAGUAUGGUGGAGUGAAGGACCUCAGAAUAACACCGAACAAGCUUUGGAAACCAGAUGUGCUCAUGUAUAAUAGUGCUGACGAGGGUUUUGACGGGACGUACCAGACCAACGUGGUGGUCAGAAACAACGGCAGUUGCUUGUACGUGCCUCCGGGCAUUUUCAAGAGCACAUGCAAGAUAGACAUCACGUGGUUCCCCUUCGAUGACCAACACUGUGACAUGAAGUUCGGUAGCUGGACCUACGAUGGCAACCAGUUGGAUCUGGUGCUCAAGGAUGAGGCAGGAGGGGAUUUGUCAGACUUCAUCACAAACGGAGAGUGGUAUCUGAUAGGGAUGCCAGGCAAAAAGAAUACCAUAACGUAUGCGUGUUGCCCAGAGCCUUACGUGGAUGUAACGUUCACGAUCAUGAUCAGGCGGCGGACGCUCUACUAUUUCUUCAACCUCAUCGUGCCCUGUGUUCUUAUCUCGUCCAUGGCCCUUUUAGGGUUCACACUGCCUCCUGACUCUGGCGAGAAGCUCACACUCGCUGAUGUCUACAGGUGUGACAAUAUUACUGUCCUUGACCGUGUUUCUGAACCUGGUAGCAGAAAAGAUGCCUUCUACAUCGGAUGCCGUGCCUCUCAUAGGGCAACUGUAGGGGUGUUAACAUUGUGUUUGAUUACAGGAGUCACUAUUCUACUCUCGCUGACGGUGUUCCUCAACCUGGUAGCUGAGACCCUGCCGCAGGUCUCCGACGCAAUCCCCCUGUUAGGUGUUACAAUUCUUCUGUCGCAAACGGUUUUUUCUCUAUUGGUGGGGCAUGUUAUCACAAAAACCUCAGAGGCGAUCCCACUGAUAGGAACUUACUUCAACUGCAUAAUGUUCAUGGUGGCUUCUUCGGUGGUAUUGACGGUAGUGGUGUUAAAUUACCAUCAUCGGACAGCUGAUAUACAUGAGAUGCCACAAUGGGUACGACAGAUAAAGUCUGUGUUCUUGCAAUGGCUGCCUUGGAUCUUGAGGAUGUCAAGGCCAGGAAAGAAGAUUACGAGGAAGACGAUAAUGAUGAACACCAGGAUGAGAGAGUUGGAGUUAAAGGAGAGAUCCUCAAAGUCAUUAUUGGCGAACGUGUGUUCAAUAUUCCGUACGGAUUUCCGGAGGUCGUUCGUGCGACCGUCCACAAUGGAAGACGUCGGAGGGGGGCUGGGCAGCCACCAUCGAGAACUGCAUCUCAUCCUCCGUGAGCUCCAGUUCAUCACAGCUAGGAUGAAGAAAGCUGAUGAAGAGGCUGAGUUGAUCAGUGACUGGAAAUUUGCAGCGAUGGUUGUUGACAGGUAUUUGUUCAUAGAUCUCAUAACAUCACACAAAUACUAUGUAAACAUUUUAUCUAUAUACAUUUAA